AUGUGCGAGCUUACCAAGAUUCUUCACCUCUGCGGUCACGAAACCGGGGAGACCAGAUUGGAGCUAUGCGGCCUGAAGCCCGGAAUCAGCUGCCAGAAGCCGCGCGAGCGGCAUCAGACCGUCUACUCGUACUGCACCGGCGCCUCGCACGGCCGGAAGCUCUCGCAGUGCCGGCGCCUGGCAUUUUGCUCGCUGGGUUGGGUCUGCCACGAGUGCGGCCUUCUCAGCCCGCCAGUGCCCAAGCCCGAUUCCGUGCCCUUGGCCGUGUGGCGCGCCAAACUUCUCUUUUCCAUUGCCUGCGAAAUCUGCGGCGCAAAGGAAAGCCCUCUCUCGCGGCUCCCCGGCCCGUAG